AUGGUUCGAAUCACCUCUGCCUUCGCCUUCCUCGCCAUGGGAACCUCCAUCAUGGCCAACCCCGUUGCCUCUGAGCAGAACUUGGUCGCUCGUGCCGACCUUGGCGACAAAACCUCCGCCGCUGGCGCCAUCGCCGAUGUCGUCAACAAAGUUGUCCAGCUUGUCCAGGGCAUGAUUGACGAUGACCUUGCGCGCCGCCGCACCUUCACUCAGAAUACCGCUAAGGACGUUGCCGCCCAAUUCCCAGGCCACUCGGUCAUCGUAUGCAACGUCGGUUACUCCCUCAGCGGCUCCGGCGAUCAGCUCGUCUACUCCACUUCCUACAAUGCCAAGGUUGGCUCUGAUGUCACCUUCGACGUGAUCGUCUUCAAGAGCCCCAAGAUCUUCGACCGCCGCGGUGAUGGUGGCUACGAGAACUGGGCGUUUUACGUUGACGCUAGCUGCAACGAGAACGGCGGCCACGUUGAGUGCCUUUAAGCGCUUCGCAAUGAUCUUCAUCAGGAACACUUGCAACCGCGUUUCUAGAGUCACAUGAUUUUCUAUUGUAGCAGGCACCACUGUACAGGCGAGUGCACCAACCUCUAAGCCGGGAGAUCUGGGACACAGAGAGACGAAUACGACAGUUCAGAGUUAUGCGAUUGUUAUUCUGCAGUCUCAAUCUAACACUGCCUACGUAGUUACAAAACUUCAAUCUGGAGAGCAGCAUUUGCCUC